GUCAAAAAAAGGGUUUGUUUUUGUGGUAAUAGAUUUUAAUUUCUUCUAUAAAGUAACAGUUUCUGUAAACUUUACUGUGAUGAAAUAUAUAUCCGUUAGUUUGAUUCUUACUUUAAUUUUCGCUGUCUAUGUUAUUAAUACUAUAUGGACACUAGCUGAGAUUUUUAUACCGCCAGAAUGUCGUCGUGGCGAGAGAUGUUAUUCUUCAUAUUUAGCAACAAAUCCCGUACAAAAUCUAGUUCUAUAUACUUCUAUAAAGGAACAUCCUUACCUAGAUGGAUCAUCAGCGGAGUCUGUUACUAAGGUUUAUACUUCAACAAAGUUCGACUAUAGAAAUCCGGCUACAUUCGAUAUUGCGCUGAAAGUGCCACGUAGAACUCGCAAUAAUGGAACGUUGUACAUGCACGCAGUGUUGUUGGAUGACAGCCGACUAUAUAAGGAUUUCGACGAGAUCCGGCGCUCGGAACCGGUACACACGCUGCCACUGGUCACGCACAUCGAACCACAAGCAGCUACAUUUAACCUGUUACAGCAAAAUGCAGAUGAAGAGAAACCAAAAGAGCGUAGUAAUAUGCAACCUUUCUCACAUAUUUCAACACAAGUUCCACUUUCUAUCCUCACAGAUGACUUGAACUUGCCUGCCAAGAAGAUACCCGGGGAGCUAUAUCAUUACAUAAGGGUCAGACAUGGCAAGUUCUUGCCAAUUGUCCAGCUGAACGUACUCAAGUCCCGGAUGUCUCAGCUGCAGCUUCUUAACAGCAGCACUACGGAAGUGAAUGUCACUGUGACUGUAGCACCAACUUCAUAUGGUUCAUUCCGUUUGGCCAUCCACGUGCGACUGGCAUUGCAACAACUACACAGUCUGGGCUUCAGUGAGAAAGAUGUAGAUGACGUGAAGGGUAUUUUUGCAGAUACAAACCUAUACUUAUUAUCAGCUACAGUACUAAUUGCAAGUUGUCACUUGCUGUUUGAUUUCCUAGCGUUUAAGAAUGAUGUAUCGUUCUGGCGCCGCAAGCAGUCCCUGGCGGGGCUGUCGGCGCGGACCGUGUUGUGGCGCGCCUUCUCGCAGCUUAUCAUCUUUUUCUACCUUAUGGACGAGAAGACAUCUCUUCUGGUUCUGGUCCCGGCGGGUAUUAGUUCUAUCAUUGAGCUAUGGAAAGUGACGAAGGUACUGCACCUCCGUAUAUCGUUCUCGGGCGGCAUGCCCAGGAUAUGGCGCGACACGAGCGCGGAUGCUGGUGAGCGCAGCACGGCCAAGGCUGACGCUGAAGCUAUGAAGUACCUCUCCAUGCUGCUCUACCCGCUCUGCGUCGCCGGCGCGAUAUACUCGCUUGUCUAUGAACCGCAUAGAAGCUGGUACUCGUGGGCGCUUCAUAGCGUUGUGAACGGCGUGUACGCGUUCGGGUUCCUGUUCAUGCUGCCGCAGCUGUUCGUCAACUACCGGCUGCGGUCCGUGGCCGCGCUGCCGUGGCGCGCGUUCAUGUACAAGGCGUUCAACACGUUCAUUGACGAUGUCUUCGCGUUCAUCAUCACCAUGCCGACAGCGCACCGUGUGGCCUGCUUCCGCGACGAUCUCGUCUUCCUCGUCUACUUGUACCAGAGAUGGUUGUACCCGGUAGACAAAUCGCGUACCGACACAGCAGCUAGUAUGGAUGAGAACCCUGAAGAGGUGGAACCGGUGGAGAAGAAGAAACAGUAACUCUUUACGUUAACCAAGAAGAUACAAAUGAAGGUAACACUCAAAUUAAAUAGACAAAAACGCAAAAAAUGUGACCACGAAUUCCUUGUUCCGGCAAGCAGUGUCAUGAAAGUUAUAGGUAAACUCUGGUUGGAGAUGGCACUUAUAAAAGACUACGACGUUACGCUUCCACUAAUAUCAGGUCACGCCUCACUUUAAAUGCGAGAACUAUAGCUAUUACUCAAAUCAUAUUUCUAAAUACAUCAUAACCUGUCACUACGGCAUUAUAAAACAUAAAACGAUUAUUUGAAAGGUCUUAUUAGUACGCGAUCCAUCGGGCCUGAAGCGUCGGGAUCUCACGGCGGCCACAAUUUAACCAUACAUUUUAUACUUUCACCCGACGCAUGGGACCUGAUGAAUCGCAUAAUGUAAAUAAGGCAAUUUCAUAAUUUAUUUGUUUAGGGUGUCACCUCCACUUUAUUGUAUAACUUCUUGGGAUUAACUGUUCUAGUUGUCAAUGCAACGAGGCUAUCUCAGGUGCUAGGCGCCCGGUGCCGCAAAUAUUUAGAACUAAUUUUGUUAUUUCAUUUUAGUGUUAUUUUAUAUGGCAUGUUAUAGGUAUUUAGGCACUUUUCAGAAAGAUAUACAAGCAAUAAAGCAAUUUAUUUCCUCAGAAUUAGCUCAAAUUAAGUGUCGUCUUAUUUCCUGUUAGUGUUAUGAAUGCUUGACUGACUAUUGGAAUAAAUUCUCUGGCAAUCGAUGGCACUUAUGUCUAAAUGAAGUAAUGUUAGUAUGCUGUGUAUGCGCUAGAGCUUUCUAGAACGUAGAUGUUGUAUGUUUACCUAACACGGAUACUGCUGGCAAGAUAACAGAGAAUGAGUCACUACGAGUAAUGACUAAGUUUUAGCAAUGAGCACCCCAUGCUAACAAAUUUGAGAAUUACUAUUUUCCAGCAAAGUAGACCAUGUUUUCCUGCACUGUUAAGGUGCUCCUUCACCAGGAUCAUUUGCCUGUAAUGUAACAUUUUAUGAUUCGAUUUUGAGCACUACGUUACAAUACUGCGUAUCUGAUGUAAUGCUCGGAUUUGUAACGUUACAUUACAGGUGAAUGUUCGCGGUGAGUCAGCACCUUUAGGAGAAUACCUAUUGAUUAAGAAAAUUAUCUUUGUACAACUCGUUCUCGCUUACAUAUCGCUGUCGUUCUCGCUCGAAAAUAUAUAUAUAUACACUUUUAGACCAAUGUCGCGAUGCCCCAACGAAACAUUCUCUGCAAUCUUGUCUUGUUGUUCUUUUCAAAGGGGAGGAGUACAGGGGAAAUGUAACUUAUUGGGUCAAUUAUGUUACGUGUUACUAUUGUAUUGAUUAGCUGAUUUUUAAUUUACGUAUAUAAAUUAUAUAAAUUUAUAAAUUAUACAUACGCGGUAGCUAAAACAAUUAUGUUGAAGAGAAAUAACAUCAAGUACAAAGGCGAGCUUAUCACUUCAGUUUUCUACCAGCCAACCUUUGACUCGUAUUGUCUAUCCGAUAACAUUUAGUAUAAUUUUACUCACAGCGAUUUCUAUGGACAGGGUUGUAUGUAUGAGAUAGUAACAAAACUAUGACUAUUACUGAUGAUAAUUUUUCAUUUAGUCUUUGCUGCCAAAACUUAUAUAAAGAAAGUAAUUAUUGUUAAACAUUUGAAUGAAUUAAAUUAUGGUAAGUGCAGAUUAUAUUAGGAAAUAAAGUCCGUAGACAAUAACGAUAAUAAUGUCAAGUAUUUGACUGGCUCAAAGGUAAAUUAUAAAAUGCUAAUCUAGAAAUAGAAGCCAGUCCAAGAUGAUCUAAAAUCAAUCUCAUUUUACGUUUCUACUUAUUUUCGAAUUUUAUUUACGAAUUAAGUAACAGUGAAUACGACGUAUGACCGUUUUUAUUGAUGACGUCACAGGUCGGUGUUUCCAUACAAACUUCAACGAAAACUUUCGUUUUGACGUUUCGUUUAAAAGUAUUUCAUUUGACUAGGUUUGGUCCUUGGACUAGGUUGUCAAGUACAUGUUAUGUCAAGUUAUCA